AUGACCUCCGAUAAACAAAACAACGGCUACUCCGCCAAACCAUUUACGCCCACCCUCAGUGCGGCAUUUCACCGAUCACACAAGUCUCCCUUGACACCGAAAUUAGCGAAUCCAAGCCCAGGGAAUGCUGCUCCACGUCGUCUCGCCCAACCCGAUCAUGCUUAUGCCUAUUCCACCCCCUCCAAGAAGGAUCUCCCCGCCGCCACUCCCAGCUUCCUCGGUGUCAACGUCACCCCUCGAUCUGGCUCUCGAAAUACCCGCCGUGAUGCUGGAUUCCCAUCCCCGACAAACACUCCUCCUAUCUCCUCUCCGCAGACUCCAUAUGUCCAACCCACGGUCGGCCUGGGCCUCAAUGGCGUACGACGGGAACGCAGUCCGGCUCGCGGGGUGAAGGCAGAACAAUCGAGCAGCUUGAGAGCGAAAACACUCAGGGCAGAACAGCAUGUGUCUCGCUCAAACUCUUUCACCGAUAUGGCCGCUGGCUCGCCCAUGUUUUUUCAUGCUGCCGAAACACGAUCUUCCAAUUCCUCCGAUGUUGAACAGGUCCGUCCGAAACAGGGGAAGGUGUCACCGGCCUCAAGCUUCAUGUACGCAAAUGGGGAUCAGGAACGACAGCCAUCACCGGAAGGAUCCUAUGUCACCUCCUCUUCGCGUCGCUCGGGGGGACUACCUCGUGUUGCCUCUGCGAACAGACAGGGCCCUUCGCCUUCCGUGCGCUUGAAAUCUCCCCGAAUUUCAGACGCUACUUUUCCGCUUAUUGACACCCAGAGCAACUGCAGCCCAAGCCUCGAUCAGACUGCUGAUGAAUCUCUGCCGCGUUUCGCCUCGCCUCCGAGUAUCGUGUCGGAUAGACCACCGCUCCCUUUGAUGGCUAAACAUCGAAAGUCGUCCAGUAUGGACUCGCAAACAAAUUCGAUGAUAUCACAGCGCAGCGGACUUCAUGCUAGCCCGCUUAUCAUGCCCAAUAUUCAAACACACCACCUCGAAACCCCUGCACCCGUAUUGUCUGAUCAGAUCCCGACCCUUCGCCCUCGUUUAUUCAGCAACGGCUCCUCCUCCACAGACACCUACCAGCCCAUGUCCAUGAGUCCUGGCAAGUCAGACAGCGGGGAAGUAGCUUUGAAUGCUCGGACAGAACGAAAGAUUAUGGAUUUGGAAAUCAGCAACUCCUCUUUACUUGCUAUCAACCGAACCCUGGAGCGAGAAAUGCGCAAGCAGAACGCAGAACUCCGCCGAUUCAGACGCUUGAGCCGCUCUGGUCGCCUUUCAAUGGCCCCUUCUACUCGUUCAUUUUCUGGCACAGCCCUGUCGGCAACGAGUGAAAUGGACGAAGGCAACAGUGAACUCUCCUCGAUACGAUCCCACGAUGACAUGUCCGAUUUCAGCGACGAGGAUUCCGUUGCAGACGAAGGAGUCCUCAGCCCCGACAACCUUGCCGAUCACGACGCAAAGCAUCGUGUUCAUGAUGAGAAACGAUUCAUGCUUGAUCUUGCUCGACACCAGGAACUCCUUGUGGAUAGCCAGAAGUUAAAUCAAAGUCUCAAGCGGUGUCUCGGGUGGACUGAAGAGCUUAUAAGAGAAGGCCAAAGGGCCCUUGAAUAUAAUGUACGUGUCCAGGACGUCGAGAUACGUGGUCGUGUCCUGUCACCCGAGGAACUCGGCGAGGUCGGCGAGAGUGGGCGAUCUCUUCUCAGCCCAUCCACCCAAUAUAGCUCUUUUAUGCCAUCCCCAGAGUUUGCGUUUGAUGAUUCUACCCUGACCGACCCGGCUUCAUUCCCCUUACCAUCGUCUCCUGGCGGGACGGAUUAA